UCUAAAUUAAUAUUUUACAACUACUAUAAUCUACUCAUUUGUGUACAAGUUUAAGUUUGUCUUAUUCAAACGAACAAAGUUUGUCAACGUUUCUAAAGAUUAACCAUUUAUCGCAUAUCUACCUCUUAAACAAGUAAACAUGGCGGAUGAAUAUAUGUAAUUAAAGUUGAUCAAUGUUUACGGUAGAGCGAUCGGAUACACGACUUUACUGACAGUGUAAUAGUCACACAGAGACAUUACACAAAUAGAUAAACUUAAAAGCAUGUAUCGGAUAAAUUUUCAGUUUACUUAGUGAUUGUCGAUUUAAUAUGGGACAAUUUUCGCAGCUUGUCUAAAUAUUUUUGUUGUUUAACAUGGACAUAAUGCAUUGGAUUUUAUUAUUUUGUGUCGUCUGCUGUUUGCCAUGCUAUCAGACUUUGUCGCCUUUUGACGGACGACAUCAAUAUGCAAAGUGCGAACGUAUUACAAUUCCAAUGUGUAUGGAUAUGAAAUAUAAUUGGACACGGAUGCCGAACUUAGUCGGACAUUCAAAUCAAAAAGAUGCUGCGAUCCAAGUCCACGAAUUUACACCGUUAGUAAGAUAUGGGUGUUCACGACUUUUGCGAUUUUUCCUAUGUUCGUUAUAUGCCCCAAUGUGUACUGAAAUGGGGGGUGAGACGAUGAUUAUUCCAGUAUGCCGCUCCAUGUGUUUGGAAGUGCGGCAAAAAUGUGAACCAAUUCUUAGCCGUUUUAAUUUUGAAUGGCCAAAAAUUCUAGACUGUUCUAAACUUCCACAAAAAAGUGAUCCUAAACCGAAUAAUUUGUGUAUGGAAGCACCAAAUGUCACACAUGAAACCGAACUGGAUCCGCAGAUAUUUGAUCCACUCAACAAAAAAGAUAAAAAGUGGCAAGAAUUGGUAAACAAAAUCCGUCCUAUAUCAAAUGACAAUUCAGAAAAACAUAAUAUUCACAAACCUAUGAAAUGUUCGGAUAGAUUUUAUUUAUGGGAUAAAUCUGAUCAUAAUGAUACAUGCGUACCAAGAUGCAAUAUGGAUGUUUUAUUCCGCCAAGAGGAUAAAGAUUUUGCCGAAAUUUGGAUGAUAGUAUGGGCCUCAGCAUGCUGUUUAUCCACAGUCAUCACGUUUCUGACGUUUGUUAUUGAUACAACUCGAUUCAAAUAUCCCGAACGGCCUAUUAUAUUCUUAUCAGUGUGCUAUGCAAUUUAUUCCAUGGCGUUUAUGAUCCGUGCCAUAAUAGGACCGAAUGCAAUAUCUUGUGACAAUGGACACGAUGGAACUGAAUUUCUAAUCCAAGAGGGAUUGGAGAGUACCUGGUGUAUUAUAGUCUUUUUGAUAAUGUAUUUCUUUGGAAUGGCUAGUCAAUUAUGGUGGGUGAUUUUAACAUUGACAUGGUUUUUGGCAGCAGGGCGGAAGUGGGGCCAGGAGGCAAUCGAAUCCUUAAGUAGUUACUUCCACCUAGCCGCAUGGGCUAUACCAGCCAUUAAAACUAUUAUUAUUUUAACAAUGCGCCGGGUUGAUGGCGAUGAACUAACAGGUCUAUGUUAUGUAGGUAAUCAAGAUAUUUCUGCAUUAACAGGUUUUGUACUGACACCUUUAAUUUUAUACCUUCUGCUAGGUACAUUUUUCAUAUUAGCAGGAUUUGUAGCAUUAUUCCGUAUUAGAAACAAUUUAAAACAAGACGGAACAAAUAUUCGUAAAUUAGAAAAAUUGAUGGCAAAAAUUGGUGUCUUUGCUGUGUUAUAUACAGUCCCAGCCACUUGUGUGAUAGGCUGUUAUUUCUAUGAACGUGUGAACUUUCAGACUAUGCGAAACGCAGCCGAGUCGUUGCCUUGUCGGACUGCAGAUAAAGGAACGUUAGACUGUAGUUUGGACAAAUCUCUUCCAAGCGUGGAAGUAUAUAUGUUAAAGAUCUUCAUGUCAUUGGUAGUUGGUAUUACCAGUGGUAUGUGGAUAUGGAGUAAUAAAACUGUUAGUUCUUGGAAAAAAUUCUGUACGAAUAGAUUUACUAGGAAAAAAUACGGAGGCAAUGUGACUUAUCAACAAGCGCCAGUCGUUGUCGUAAAAUCUCAUAAAUGUGUUCCAAAAACUUCGGGUUCAAGAGUGUAGAAUUACAAUGAUAGUUACAUUCAUUUUGUGUAAGUAAUACAGGUUAAUUGCAUUACAUAUAUGUUCAAUUGAUGUCUAGCUUUAUACCGGGUCAUUCUGUACGGUUUUCUAAAUGUACAGUUUAAAAGUGCAAUUGUCACAUUGUUCAGAAUUAUAUAUUGUAUACAAAUACUUAAGAGGUAGGUUAUCCCCCUUUCAUUUUGAUUAAGAAACGUUUUUUUUUCAAUGCUUUUUUAUUUGAGGUUCCCAAUUUUAUCAAUUUAUAUCUAGGUGUGUAUACAUUACAAGAGAGAAAGACACUGUUGCAUAAAGUGGAAAAUGCAUUUACUCUUUAACAUUUUUACGUAAUUAACUGUGCCCAGUGAUGAACCCACAUGGCAAUCUUGGAUAAUAUUAAUUAUUCAUAGCAUUUUUCUGAUAAAACACGUUCGUAUAGAUCCAUGAUCAGUAAAAAUACUUUUUAUCCUGUAUGGUGAAAACUUUAACAGAAAUUUGAUAAGAGCAUAGAUGUAUAUACAUCUAUGAUUAGAGGGAACUUGUGGUAUAGCAAUAACAAAAAGCAUCAAUAUAGUCCUCAAGAUAUAGUAAAGUCAACAAUUAACAACUGUUUACACAAUAUAAAAAGCUGCAAUUCAACCAGGUCUAUGAUAUAAAAGUUGUGAAUAAAUUUAUCCGAAACUAUCAAAGAACUGCCAUCAAUACCAAAGCCUCAAACUAUAAAAGCACAAAAGCAUUAAGAUAUUUCACAGAAGACAACCACGGACGAUAAGUCGAUUCACCAUUCUCGUUAUAACUCAAAGAUAGGGUACAUAUAGAGAUGUUGUAAUUUAUAAGUUCUGUCUAUCCUGAGUGACAAAUUUUGACAAUGACCACCAAAUUUUGGGAGUGUUUUGACAUACAUAUCUACAGCAAGAGAUCCACAAUGAGUGACAAACUCAAAAAACUUUUCAACAAUUCUGUAAAUGUAUUUUUUUUUUAAAUCUUCCCCCCGUUUGUCGCUAGAUUUGUUUAAUGUUUUCAUAAUUCUUGGAAAAGGGGAUAAAUUGUAUCGAAUUCAAACUUCAUAUCAACAAAGCCAAAGUUUCUUUUGCGGUAAAAUAUGCCUAGUUUUAAUGGAAUGUAUAAUUUUCUUUAAGUUUUACUAUUAUCUUAAAGCAGUAUGUACAUUACAUUUUUAUACUUAAAGUUAAUUGAAGAGUUUAAAACGCGGAUUUUCUUUCGUUUUAAAGUUAAACAAAAUUCAGAAGUGAAACAUUUGAAUGGCGUUUGAACGUUAGUUAAUUGUUUCUCUCCUUCAUCUUUUUAAACAAAGGAUAUAUUUGAAAAAAUGUCAAUAAGACAGCAACCCAACGUCUCAAACUUUUAUUAUUGCUUUCAUUAUUGUUCGUUACCCCACAAUUUGUUACCUUAAUAACAUCAUAUCUUGUAAUUAAAAACCAUAAACAUACAGUUUAAAAGAUAAUUUAAAAAGUCUGUUUUGACACAAGAUCCUAUUGCAUAGCUCUGAUAAUUGAAGGGUUUAGAGAAGUUUGUUAUGGUCUUUUAUGUGAUAUCGUGUUACACAACCCUAUCCAAUUCUUUUAACUAUAGGAAACUUUUGAUAUUCGAACUACCAAAUUGCUAUUGUUAACUUUAACAAAUACGGAAAGCUUAAAUCGAAACUUCUCAACUGGAGCUAAUAGCUGAAAUUAUAGGGCAGCCAUUAAAGGCAGAUAUGCACUCUGAUUUUUAUGCUGUAUAUGUUUAUAUAGAGUAGUUUAUCGUUCAUUCAUGUGUGAAAUUGUUGAUUAUGAUGACAGAGAGCCAUGACUUUAUGACUUAAUUUUAUGUUAUUUGUGUUAAAAUACGUGCCACAUGGAGAUUCUUAUUAAAGUUUAUUUAUAAAAAAAAAA